AUGGCAGCACAAGCACUUGUGUCUUCUUCACUUACCUCUUCUGUUCAGACCGCUAAACAUAUAUUCGGCACCAAACCAUCUGUCUCCGUGAGGAAGACUUCCUUUGUUGUUAAGGCUGCCUCAACUCCACCUGUCAAGCAAGGAACAAACAGACCAUUGUGGUUUGCAUCAUCACAGAGUCUCUCUUACUUGGAUGGCAGCUUACCUGGCGACUAUGGAUUCGACCCGCUUGGUCUUUCAGACCCGGAAGGUACAGGAGGUUUCAUCGAGCCGAGAUGGUUAGCCUACGGAGAGAUCAUCAAUGGACGGUUCGCUAUGUUGGGUGCAGCUGGAGCUAUUGCACCUGAGAUUCUUGGCAAGGCUGGUUUGAUUCCAGCAGACACUGCUCUUCCUUGGUUCCAGACCGGUGUGAUUCCACCUGCCGGGACAUACAGCUACUAG